GCAUUGAACACUUUUAUAGGAAGUCUGGAGACCCCGCAUCGGAUUCCAUUGCACAUUGUAUUCGUAGUAAAGAUAUUAAGCUUGCAAUGCUGCUGCUACCUGUGUUCUUGUUGACCUUUUUCUUAAGGCCAGAACCCAAUGAAACGGCUCAGAUACUGGGCCUGUUUCAGCAUCCCGGCAAGAGUCACUUUGACUUCUUCAGACCAAUGCUUUUGGCCUUGGCCGAAAGGGGACACAACAUCAGCAUGUACAGCUACUUUCCACUGGAAAAACCAAAGGCCAACUAUACGGAUUAUGUGUUUAAAGGAAUGCCACUGCUCACAGAUAUUGUUGACCUAAAAAAUUUUGAAGCGGAAUGGAAGCCCCUGGGACUGCCCUUUAAGAUACCCACCUAUUUUAUGCUUAACGAUUGGGGCCAACGAUCCUGUAAGGUGGCCUUAAAUUCUCCCCUCAUUGCCCAGCUACUGGAAUCCCCCAUCCGAUACGAUGUCAUAAUCCUGGAGAAUUUCUCCAACGACUGCAUGGCAGCGGUGGCUCACCUGCUAGGAGCCCCUGUUAUCGCCUUGAGUAGCUGUGCGAUAAUGCCAUGGCACUACAAACGAAUGGGCAGUCCCUUCAUUAACCCCAUCAUGCCCAUGAAUUUCCUGCCCUACACAGAUGAAAUGACUCUGAUCGAUCGACUGAAUAAUUUCUUUCAUUUCCACACCGUCAAUACUCUCUACAAUUGGAUUACCCAGCCAGCCACCGAUGCGUUAAUCAGUGAGAGAUUCGGACCCGGACUGCCACCCAUCAAUGAAAUUGUUAAGAACGCGAGUCUCAUGCUGAUUAAUCAGUAUUAUGCCCUAACCGGUCCACGCCCAUAUGCUCCAAAUGUUGUUGAGGUGGGCGGGCUGCAAGUGGGACCUCUUAAGCCUCUACCAAAUCAACUGAUAGAUGUUUUGGAUCGAUCUCCCAAUGGAAUCAUCUACAUCAGCUGGGGAUCCAUGGUGAACACCAAUACCCUACCUUUAGCCAAACGAAGAGCGCUUUUCCAGAGCAUUUCUCAGCUGAAGAAAUACAACUUUGUAAUGCGCUGGAAAGGUGACAAGUCUGGGGAAAAUGAUAAACCCCCUAAUCUAUACACCUUCGACUGGUUGCCCCAAAGGGAUUUAUUGUGCCAUCCGAAGGUCAAGGCUUUCAUUUCACAUGGUGGACUUUUGGGCACCACAGAGGCAGUUCAUUGUGGAGUUCCCAUGCUGGUGACACCUUUCUACGGGGAUCAGUUUCUCAAUUCCGGCGCCAUACAACAAAAAGGCUUUGGAGUUAUUGUUCACUUCAGUGAUUUCGAUACGGAUCACAUAACCAGGGGACUGCGAAUUAUUCUUGAUACCAAGUUUGCGGAUAGAGUUCGCCGAUCCACUGAAGCGUUCCGCCAGCGUCCCAUUGCCCCUCUAGAAUUGGCUAUCUGGUGGAUCGAAUAUGUGAUCGAAUCUCGGGGAGCCCCGCAUGUGCAAAGUGAAGCCAGACAUAUAAACUGGAUCGUCUACAACUCGAUCGAUGUUUACCUGUUCUGUCUGGGACUCGUAUGGCUGCUGGUUGUCGCCCUCUGGAAGCUCAUUGGGAGAAUCAGAUCAGCUUUUGUUCGGGAGGGAGUAUCUAGGGAUACUAAAGCAAAGAAACAAUAAAUGCCCAGUUCAAUAAACUUUA